AUGGCUGUUUCCCAAACGUUACUAGUGAUCCCAAAGUGGGCAGAGUUCCAGGAGCAAGCAAAAGGCGGCGUGAUCAUAGAAAUACACUCCCGGCAUGUCAGCGCCCAUGAGUUGAAGGACACGCUAGAGACAAUGUUUCCACACUCAAAGUACACCAUCCAGGUUAGUAUCAAGCCAAGGUCCUCCCUCCCCUUUUCACUGUCUGUCUAA